AUGACUAUCCACAAUAUUGGCCCCGAAAACUCGGCCCUUUUCCGGCCUCUGACCAUUGCCAAUGGGAAGAUUACUCUCCGCCACCGCAUAAUCCAUGCGCCUUUGACCCGUAAUCGUGGAGUGCCAGCAAACCCUAUCAGCACUGCAGAGAAUCCGAAUCGUAUUUGGAUUCCUGGCGAUCUUGUGAUCGAUUACUAUUCUCAGCGUGCUAGUGAGGGUGGCCUGAUUAUCUCGGAGGGUAUUCCUCCUUCUCUCGAGAGCAAUGGAAUGCCGGGAGUCCCCGGUAUUUUCACCCAAGACCAAGCCAGUGGCUGGAAGAAGGUUGUCGAUGCCGUCCACGCCAAGGGGGGCUUCAUCUAUUGUCAGCUCUGGCACGCUGGCCGUGCUACGAUCCCCCAGAUGACUGGUUCCCCUGCCGUGUGCCCCUCGGCCAGUGUGUGGGACUCGCCCACGGAGUGCUAUUCGCACCCGCCUGUGGGCUCCACCGAACCCGUCCCAUACGCGAAUCACCCGCCAAUCGAGCUAUCCGUGGCGCAUAUCAAGCAAACCAUUCAGGACUAUUGUGCGGCCGCGAAGACUGCCAUGGAAAUUGGCUUUGACGGUGUGGAGAUUCAUGGCGGCAAUGGUUAUCUCCCUGAGCAAUUCCUUAGCUCCAACAUUAACAAGCGCACGGACGACUAUGGCGGUACUCCUGAGAAGCGUUGCCAGUUUGUCUUUGAGCUUAUGGACGAAGUUGCAAAGACUGUUGGCGAGGAGAAUCUCGCUAUUCGUCUCUCGCCGUUUGGCCUUUUCAACCAGGCUCGCGGUGAGCAGCGCGUGGAGACCUGGACUUAUCUUUGCAAAGGUUUGAAGAAGGCUCACCCAAGCCUUUCAUACGUCAGCCUUAUUGAGCCGCGUUAUGAACAAAUCUUUAGUUACGAAGAGAAAGACGCUUUCCUCAAGAGCUGGGGCUUGCUUGAUGUCUCCCUCGACAAGUUUCGGGAAAUCUUCGGCUCGAUCCCCUUUUUCUCUGCAGGCGGCUGGGAUGAUAAGAACUCGUGGGGUGUGGUCGAGUCCCGAAAGUACGAUGCCCUUCUUUAUGGUCGGUACUUUAUCAGCAAUCCCGAUCUGGUCGACAGAUUGAAGAAGGGUCUCCCGCUGGCGCCGUAUGAUCGCACCCGUUUCUACGGGCCUUUCGAGGACAAUGCCUUCCACUACACUGAUUACCCAACCGUGUGCAAGCAGUGA